UGUAUCUUUAAAGUGCUCUGUCCCCUCUCCUUGCCUUGCCUCCCGCUGAGUUGUAAUUUGAGAGAGAAGCUAAAAAUGCAGGAAGGGUAAAGACGCAGCGAUGAUGCACAUAGACAUACAGGCAGGGGAAAAAUCUGGGAAUUAAAACAAAGAGAGGAAGUCAAACAGUAAACUGAACACAGGAACACAAACCGAGGAAAAGUUAUGCUGCUCGCGGAUGGUGACGUGAGCUAGACAGACACAGCAGAAUGGUAGCAAUUUAGACAAAACGUCAUCACCAACUAGCAGCUAACUGGGAUUUUGUUAUAUACAUUUUAAAAAUAUAAAUAUAUAUAUAUUUAAGCAGUCUGGUUUUAGUCUUUGAUAAGAAACUUCUCUCAACCCCCCGAUGCCCGCUCUGCAUCCCCUUGAAAACGUGUCGAGCAGACUGCUGGUAAAAAAAAAAAAAAGCCGGAGGAUCAACUUCCGCUAGCCUAAAAAGUUUGAACAGCAGAGCGCGGAGCGAGGACAGAUUGUCUUGGGAACAGUCUCUCUGGAUGGACACGGCGGGCACGAAGAGGACUAACUCCGGACUGAAGCCACUACGGGACGGCUUGCUGCUCUGGGUCUUUGUAGGGGGGUGUCUGGCGGACUGUGAUGUGUGCAGCAGGUACUGCUGUGAUGGCUCUCCUCCCUUCUGCUGCUCCUACUACGCUUAUAUCGGCAACGUCCUCUCGGGCACUGCCAUCGCAGGGAUCGUGUUUGGCAUCGUAUUCCUGAUGGGAGUGAUCGCGGGCGUGGCCAUCUGUAUCUGUAUGUGCAUGAAGAGUGGGCGGAGCUCCCGCGUGGGCGUCUUCAGGAAUCCUCACAUCAGCACCAUCGGGGGCUAUCCAGCGGCGCCCCCUCCGUACAACUAUGAGUUUGAGAUGGAUUACCAUGCCGACCUGCCACCUCCCUACACCCCCACUCCUCCCAGGACUGUCCCCUAUUCUCCCCCUCCACCCUACCCAGGAUACUCGAGGAAGUAGCCUCCCCCUGCCCAGCUCUACACCUCUCACACUGUACACAACGAAAACUGAAGAGGACUACCUGAAGACAGCACAGCCCCCUGCUGGGUCAAACUGAGCACUGAGAAAUCAUACCAUAUAUGUGGCCAUACAUUUCAAAGACUUCACAUGUUUAAUUUAAUUUUAGGAUGAAAUAAUGACAUGCAUUCUAGUCACAGUGCAACCCCCUAUAUUAAGGAGCAAUGAAUGGAUUUGCAUAUUUAUUGCUCCUUGAAGUAAUAUGCCUGAAGCUGAAGCUGAAGCCCCAGAAACAAGGAACUGAUGUUGUCCAAUUUAACUAAUAAAGUAGUAGUAAGACAUCUAUUUAGAGUUAAUUAAUUAUAUGACCACGUUUUAUCCGUACACACCUUGAAAGUUUUAGAUCAGCACGGUUAUUUCCGAGGUGUCCCAAGUUGCUCUUGCACAGUUCUGUGUGGAAAACAUCAGUGUUGGAAGGAAAGGUUCUAAUAUUCUGUGUAUAAGCACAUGCACAUUAUUUUAUUCAUGUAAAAAAAGAUUUAAUACAUUUAUAAUGCUGCAGCAAAACCGCUGUUUUGUGCAUCUAAGUUGUUCAAAAACAGUUUUGUUUAAGCAAUUUUGUUUAGUAAUAAUUCACUGAAUGUUCUGGUUUUUGUUACUUAAUAUUAAUGUUGGAUUGACACAUUGUAUAAAAUGUUUACUUGACCUGGUGUCUCUCAACACAGUUGCAAAAGAAGUUUGAAUUGUUUUAGUAGGAAUCUUGUUUCUGAAGUUCAGGGGCACAAGGAAAGAGCAAAAACAUUCAGAGUGAUAUUCAUGAAGCUGGUGAACACCUUAAAAUAAAAACAUUACAGUGUUAAGUACUAUACUAUAAAAUUGAAUAAAACCCUGUAUAGUUUACUAUAGUUAAUGUUACGUCUUCAGAGUAGAGGAAUCUGAGGUGGAGGGAGUGCCUUUGUUUAUUGCUGUGGUCGAACACCAGAGUUUGGAAUCCCAAUGAAAGUGAAUGGCAGAGAGGUUCAUUUUGAUGUAUCAUGUGGUAUACUGCUAUAUACUUUAGUUUUGGCCACUGCUAUAGAAUAUGGCAUGUAUACAGUAGUAUGGGAAACAUACUGUAUUGUUUUAUAAUUAUUAUUGUUAAAACAUACUGUGUAUUGACUUUAUGAGGUUAGUUAAUUUGAGCAAAAAAAUAUAGCAGAGGAGGAACACACCAGACAUUUGUUAAAGGUGUUUUCAAAACAUGUUUUUGAAUAAUCUGGUUAAAAUGUGAGCAACUUGCUAUAAACUGAAAGUAAUGAAGAUGUCUUCUGCUCUAAAAUAUUCAGAUAGAUUGCAGUGGACUACAGAAUGUGUGUUUUUUUAAUAUAAUAAUCCUAUGGAUACAAUAGUAUAUAUAAAAUGUUAAGUUCUCAAAGGAUAUGGGAUUACACUGGACAAACAAAGAGGGCUGCUUUUAUUUGGUUGUCAAGUAUGGACGGGACCAGUCGCAUGUUGUAUACUCUUUUUUUUGUUAAAGUUCCUCCAUCCUCAGCAACGUUAGCUUUAACGCUCUGCAUGUUGUGGGUAAUUGAGACUGACAUACAGAAAUGACACAUAAUUAAUGCUUUGAAAAUUAUGCAAGAGAAAUGAUCUGUGAAUGGUAAAAACUGUAAUUGGUUAAACAAUAGUGUGUAAUUUAUGGACUAAGGACUGUUCUGUUGAAUGGAUGAAUACAAAAUAUUUCAUAAUAAUAUUCCCACAUUUACGUUGCCAUACGAUCAUAAGACCCUCCGUAACAGUCUUGGCUCACACUGAAGGAUUGCCUGAGCUUGACUAUCUCUGUGGCAGAGUUUCCGUUCUUACCUGCGUUCUGUCCAGAAGAGUUAACCUCCUGUCAUGAACACAGGAUUGAUAACUAUGUGCAGAGAGAGAGAGCAAAGCAAAGCCUUCAUUUCUGUUGAACCAGCUUGUGUUGUUUCUAAGCAGCAUGAUGGGGAAUGUCUGAGCGUGGAUUUUGGUUAAAGAUGGAUGGGAAUGCAGAUGUUUUACAGCUAUGAUCUGAAUACCGAGAAUUUUUUUUUUUUUUUUUUGUCUCGCAACAUACCAGGUUAGAUAAUGGAAAUGACCUUUGUAAUUGUUUUAACAGCUGAAAAUAUUUGAAGGACUGAAAAUUUAGAAUUCACCUUGAGAAUAUAUUCAGCAGACCAAAGUGAUUUGAUUGUUGUACCUGAGAUAAGCACAAAUGACAAAUCAAUAAAAUAAAGUAAAAAUGUGUAUA